UUCUCAUUUCUAGAAAAAAAAUCCCAAUAAGUUGUGGCGUAUUUGAUUGCAAGUUUUCAAUUUUCUAAUAAUUCUAUUUAACUCUUUUGAUUUCUCUUGAAAAAAAGGUUGUUUAGUUAUAAACAGAACACAAUUUUAAAUUAUUAAAUUCAUAAGCCUUAAAACGGAAGCCUUAUUUAAUAGUUCCCUCAGAAUGGCUGGUGUUAAUGUCGAGACAAGAGAAAAUCGAUGGAGAAAGGCAAUAAUUGGUCCAUUGCCUCCAGAUUUUCUACGUAUUUCAACACCGAGAGAAAUUCAGGAAGCGGUAGAUUGCCAAGCUGCAAUGGCAUUGUAUCAGCAACAGGCUAUGCCGCAAUAUGUGGCCCCAAAUCACGUCGGACGCCUUAGUAUUACUUGUGCCCAAGCACGUUUAGUUCGUAAUUACGGCCUCACAAGAAUGGAUCCAUAUGUUCGAGUACGUGUCGGUCAUUAUGUUUAUGAAACACAAACUGAUCCAAAUGGUGGAAAAAAUCCCCGUUGGAAUCGCGUUAUCCAAAGUCAGCUUCCCGUCGGAGUUAAUUCCAUUUCAGUUGAAGUUUACGAUGAAUGCAGUUUUAAAAUGGACGAACUUAUUGCUUGGACGGAUAUACGAAUCCCCGAAUCCGUACUACGCGGCGAAACCCACGAAGAAUGGUAUCCACUGAGUGGCAAGCAGGGUGAAGGUCUCGAAGGCAGUAUCGAUAUGGUUUUGAGUUUUGGCAACCAACCAGUGACGCCAUACAUGUAUCAGGCUAUUUCAGCAGCUCCAAUGGUUAUGGUACCACCAGGUCGACCAAUGCCAAUAUUUGUUGCACCUCAGCAACCUCAGAUGCCACCUCCAGUUCCACAAAUCAGCGAAGCAGAUCUUAAACAGGUCCAUGAAAUGUUCCCUGAUAUUGACAAGGAAGUAGUUAAGUCUGUAUUCGAAGCCAAUCGGGGAAACAAAGAUGCAACUGUUAAUUCAUUACUCCAAAUGAAUGAGUAGGAAACUUAUUCUUUUGAUUUUUUGUUUCAAGCAUUCCGGCUUUGUGGAGUUAAAAAUAUACCAAAAUAAAUUUAAAAAUACACCGACGACACCCCUGCAAUGUUGCGCUGUCUUCAAAUAAGAGCACUUAUAAUUUAAUCCGAUAUUUCCAUUUAUUUAUUUUUUAAGAAUGAGAUAAAAAUCAAAUCAUUAUAAUACGAAUACGAAUAAAAUGUAAUUUUAAUAUAUAAAA